UCUCUGUUCCUCUCCGUGGAAGAAACUCCUCUAACCGGACUUUCCUCUCCAGUUUAUCCAACAGAGGAGGAAGUUAAACCUGUGCGCUUCAGCUCUCCAACCUGCUGAAAACAACCUGAAACUUCCUGCUGCUGUUGUUCUUCUUUCUCUCUCUGGAGGAGUCUGACCCAUCAACAUGUCUGUCCACACCAGCAGCCAGAAGACGACGACCUUCCGCACCGUGAACGUGGCCUCUCCGGAGCCGGUGAGCAGCACGGUGAUCUCGAGCGGCUCGGUGUCCCCGAUGCAGUACACGCUGAACGGAGGCGGAGGCGCAGGCGGCUACGAGACGGUCCGGUACCUGAUCCCGGUGCAGCAGCAAAUACAGCAGCAGCAGCAGCCAUACUUCAUCAUGCAGCAGCCCAUGGUGCAGCAGACCAUGGUGCAGCCCAUGGUGCAGCAACACAUGAUACAGCAACACAUGGUGCAGCAGCCCAUGGUGCAGCAGAUGGUGUCUCCAGUCUACAGUCUGCAGGGUUAUCCUCGACUGAGCGUCAGCAGCCAGGAGUCCGCCGACCUCAACUACCAGGUCAGGAGCACCAUGGAGAAUUACAGCGGGCAGUCUUCAUCAGUGUUCAGCCAGUCGUCCAGUCCCAUCAAGAGCCCCGAGCCCAGUGCCGAGGAGGAGGAGGAGGAGGUGGAGGUAGAGGAGGAGGAGGAAGAAGAGGAAGAGGUAGAGGAAAAAGCAGAGGAGACAGUGGUGUUGGAAGAGACGGAGAUAAUCAGCAUGAUACAGCAGAGGCCUUCGUCGGCGAUCCAGAAGACCUCCAGGACGGAGGUGAGGACCGAGCUGAGUGAGAUCCCCCAGAGGACCUCCAGGACGGAGGUGAGGACAGAGCUGAGGGAGAUCCCCCAGCACACCAAGCUGGACACGCGUUACUUCGGCGAGCUGCUGGCCGACGUCUACAGGAAGAACUGCGACAUCCACACCUGCAUCUCCGAGCACGUGUCCAAGAUCCGCGGACAGAAACACCAGCUGGAUCCCAGCAAUGACUACAAGGUGGAGAAAGAGGAGGUGGAGGCUUUGCUUCCCAAAGGAGCCACUGAACUGACCAAACAACAGAUCCGCUACCUGUUGCAGACUCGUCUCACUGCAGAUAAGAGCAUGCGUCUGCUGCUGUCCACCUUCAGCAGCCUGAGAGAGGAGCUGCUCCACAUGUCGAAGGACCUGAGGCGUCUGGAGAGUGAAAAGGAGUCUCUGGAGAGAGAUCUGAGUUUCAAAGCAGACCAGGCCCGCCAGUAUGACUGCCUCCUGGAGGCCGUCCGGGAGAACAACAGGCAGCUCCAGACGUCCCUGAAGGAAACCAGCUGCGCCCAGCGCUCCCUGGAGACCCAGCUCAUGAGCACCAAAAACACAGAGUCAAGCUCAAGCUUCAAGAUCAAGGAGAUGGACGGGAGGAUGAGAGCGCUGGAGAAGGAGAACGAGAUGCUGCGACAGAAGCUGGCAGGCCAAGGCAGCAGCACCACCCUGCACAUCAAGACAGAGGAGUUGUCCCGUCAGUACAAAGACCAGCUCAGCUCCAUGAGAACAGAGAAAGACCUGGAGAUCCAGAAGCUGCAGAGCCAGAUAACGAAGAUCACGACGGAGGUCACCGCCGAGAGGUCAUCCUCAGAAAAGAGUCUCCAGCUGAAAAUCUCAGAGAUGCUCACCGUGUUGGAUCAGCGGCAGACCACCAUCACCAAACAGGAGGAGGAGAUCAAGAAGCUGAUACAGGAGAGGAACGACAGCGCCAAGAGCCAGAUCACCAAGACCACCAUCACCAAGAGGUACAGGAACCAGUACCCUAUCCUCGGUCUGCUGAGCGACGACUACAAUUACACCUCGCCCAUCAAAGAAAACAAGACCAUCGUCAUCGAGAGGUCUGGAGAGAUGAUCAAACAGGAAUGAUUGAACCAUCAGAAGACCCAGACGUCACCUGCCCUCCCACCCGCAUGUUCCCCUCCCCUCCCCUCCCUUCCUCUCCCUCAUCCUCGGGGCUCUCAGGGUUGGUGGUGGUUGAAUGAUCCCCCUCUAAUCCCCCUAGACUUGGGAUCAUUGGUUCAAAUCCUUGGUUUGAGCAAAUCGGGCUGGUGACUGUUUUUAUUUGGGCUUUUUUAUGACAAGGAAACAAAUAAUCAAAGACCAAAUCUGUCACCCAGUUGGAUUAAGGUGGCAGCAAUCAUGACAACUGGGAACUGUGGCGAGAUUUGAGCAGAUUUGGUAAACAAAUCUGAGCUGAGAUGAUUUACUACGUGGCACGGAUACACUUCUUCUCCUUUCUCACAUUCAUAACUGUAUUCUGCUUGAUUAGGUAAAGGUUGAAAACAAGAAACGUCGGAUCCCAAUUAACAAAGUAAAACACUGUCUGCGUCUACUAAACUUAAAUGUCUUGUGAGAAAUAAUAAAAUACAAAAUGUGUAUGUAAUAAAAGUACUACUCUUAACACACUCAUUUCUAAAUUUAACAUUUAAUGUCUCGAUCUGAUUCUAUACAUUAACACUUAAACAUGACAUACAGUAUUUCACUGAAGAAUUGAGUAGACCAGGUGAAUAAAUGAUCAGCACUCUGCAGUAGGGUUGGGAAAUCACGAUACAUUGCCUGCAAUCGAAUCACGAAACGCGUGAUUCUGUGAUAUAGUGCAAGACGGUCAUCUGUGAUACAUUACAAAGCAUGUAACUGAGGAGAAAUGGCAGACUGCAUGUGAAAAAUCUAUGAAUUUGUUGCCUGCAUGAUGAAGAAAUUUCAUAGAAUUGUAUAUAUGGACAACUGUGACAAACAAUUUGAGGCGUAAAACAGUUCAGAGUUAAACAUCCUGCAGUAAAAGAAAGUUGCAGCUCUGCCUCAGUAUCACAGAGGAGAUUGUAUUGUGAUAUAUCACUGUAUCGAUUAUUUGUCCCAUCCCUACUUGGCAGCUCAUAAAUUACUGUAAAGCUGCAUUCAGCUCCACGUGGAUGUUGUUAAUCUACUCUAAUCAAAAGGAGGGAAUCCCCAAAACGCAAGCUGCCAAACAAAGUGAAAUUGAUGCAGGGUCCCAUUUCUAUACUUUAAAUACACAGAUUCUUAGCAGGUUCUGAGUAUCAUCAUCCGAUCAAUCAAUCAAUGCCACACUGUGGAGAAGUUGUGCUCAGAAGACAGAAAGGCUUAAAGCAUUUGUUACAGUCGUCAGGACGGUUCGGUUUCAGUUGAUCCUUCGCUGAUGCUGACGGCUCUCGUCUUUACAUCAAAACUUUCCUCACCGAAGGGAAGACAAUAUGCCGACGUGGAACCACAAGUUACCAAAAGAGCGCCGUCUCAGCUUCCAGUUGUCACUUAUGCAUGUUUUAGACAAGACUGGCCCCAUGUAGCAUGCAGCAUGAGAUCCUCCUUAAAGCCACCACAGCCACGCUAGCCCAGGGGACGAGGAAGCGGAUGUGUUGCGCUACUCUGCAUGUAAAUAAUGAUGUAUAUAUAUAUUGUAAGAUGGGCACGCUCAGUGAGUGUUUUCUCCAGCUUUAACGAACAUUUGAAAAAUGUUCGGAUUGGGUAGUUUGCUUUUGUUUUGUGCUAAAUGGUAUUUUUUUUUCUGUCCACUUGUGUUUAAAAUUGUCUUUAUUUUGAUGUUAGACUCAGAGGUGCAUGGGGUAUGAGAUGUUCACAUGUAGCUGUGAUGUGUUUGUGUAUGUAUCUGUGGUCGGAGCUGUGCGAUGUCUCACAUCCACGAGAGGGAAGGUCUCCCGUGGGUGUGAUGCAUCGCGGUAGGUGGGUGGAACUGGAGCAUGAUUUUAUGGGGUUUUAAGAUGGUGGAAGAAAAUGUUAAAGCACAAUUAUUACUGUUUAUUGAGUUUUUUUUCUGGUUGUUCAGGCUUUCUACAUGAGGAAGCAUGUUGACGGCUUUGUGUCCACUGGGUGCUCGUCUUUAAAAGUGCUCGAUGGGGUAGAAAGUUUACAGAAACCGUAAAACCAGCUGACUGUUUAUUUAUUGUUGCUCCUUCUUUAUCUUCUUAACGUAGAGACAGACAUGGAUGUUUACGCCUUCCUGCUGCCCAUAAAACAAGCAUCUAAUUGUGGUUUGUCGCUCAAACCAGCUUCAUCUGUAUUAUAUAUGUAUAAUAGUUGCAGGUGUACAGGACAGGAAUAAACAGUUAUAUAGUGACAUCAUGUGGUGAAACCACAAACACCGUUUUCUGAAGUUUACAGCUUUCAAUCUUUACUUCAAUAUGCAACCUUCCUCCUUUUGAUAACAGUCACAGUUUAUUUCUUCUUGAUGACUACUUACUAUGGACAGCAGUUCACAUUACUCAAUUCUGCCAUUCUUGAUGUUGUGAAAUUUACUCUGGGCAUAGAAAGCAUCAGGAUGGGACCGAUAAACGAACCCGACCUCAAACCAAACAACCGAUUUCUUCCUGCAUAUGUUUCUUAACGCCUAAUGAGAACUUUUUGUAUAUGUUGAACGGACUAAUAGCUUCGGUGGUAGGCCUAUUAGUCGCCUGGUGAAGUCAGGUUCAGUAAUGCAUUGUCAUUUUGGUGAUACAAACUGAGCUGUUUUUGUUCCUCCACCUCCUGGAGCCUGGAGGUUUUUUGUCUGUCUGAGUCAAGGCUCUUGCAUGAUUUUACUGCUGGUAGGAGGUCAGGAUGAGUUUGUCAUCACUUAAAGAGGACAUAUACUUUUGUGCUUUUGUACCUUUCCUUUAGUGUGUUUUAUAGUUUUUUGUGCAUGUGAAAGGUCUGCAAAGUUACACACAACAUGAGAAAAGUAAAGCCUAAAAGUAUGCACCUGAAAAUAAGCAUGCAUAAUAGGUCCUCUUUAAUUUUAUAAGUUUGUUUGUGCAACAGAUGCAUGCACUGUAAGUGGUUUAACAGGCUGCAGCACCAGCUCCUAUAGUAGCUGCUGCUGGAGCACACUGCACCGACAUUCCCCCCCAAAACAUGUGAUUAACACUACUGAGAGAAACGAGCUGCCCAGUGGACACGGAGACGAAUUUCUGUGGAAAGCCUGUAAAAAUGUAUCGACUAUCACGGGACCUCAAGUGCCUUACUGUGUUAGCAACGUAAGCUUGUUAGCGAGCUAAGGUCGGGCCAGCAGCAUCACUGUUUGGUUGACAAAAUAUCAUCAUCAUCUGGUCAAAAUCUGGCAACUCUGAUCAGUUUCAAACAGUUUUGGCAGCAUGGGCCUUCAUUUGCUCGCUUUCUGGGUGAUCUUCUCUGACGAGACCUAAAUCCUGCCUGCCUUUCUACGCCAGCUGAGAAUAUAUAUUGUAUGCAGAGCUAAAUUAACUCCUAAUCUGCAAAUAGAUGUGUCUGGAUAUAUUUUCGUAUUGCAAACAGUUUUCUUUAUUUUCCAGUUUAAAGAGGAUUUGGGCUGAGUCCUCUCCAAAUAACAAAAUGUUUCAGCUGUGAUGAUUAAAAUCAGUAAUGUAUCUAUGCAAAAGA